CCCAUUGUUAUCCCUAAGUAAUAUCUAGCUCUAAAGAUUUUUAGAGCCAAGAGCUCUAGCUUUAUAUACAUAUAUGGGGCAUAUGAUGGCUGGCCUAUAGUUAAAUUCACUUGAGUAGAGUGGAGGACAGUGCCACAAGAACCACGUACCGACCGACCGAUCGAUCAGACUUCAGUCACCCAAGUAUUUAUAGUGGUAUCACCGAGGCGUUUCUACGCACGAACAGCUAGCUCCCUAGCGACUUCUCUAGUCUCUCUGUGUCCGUCUCUACUGUGGAAUGUGGACAGAGGCAGGGAGAGGGUAAGAACAAGAUGGACAUGGGCGACUUCACCUUCCCAGCUACCGCGGCCGCAGCGUCGACGCCAGAGCCUGCAGGCCCUGGUCCGGUGCGCCACCGACACUUCCCCCACUUCGCCGCCUCGCCCCUCUGGUUCCUUCACUCUCCAACCGCCGGCCACGCCAUGGCGGACGAAGAGCCGCGGCAGGAGAAGGCGGGAGCGGGAGGAGGAGCGGUGCACGAGCUGGAGGAGGACAGGAUGGACCUGCUGUGGGAGGACUUCAACGAGGAGCUGGCGCUGCGUGGGGCCGGCGGCUCUUGCUCGAGGGCGGCGCUUGCAGCCGCGGGCGACGGGUUGGACCUGUCGUCGUCGUCGUCGUGCGCGGAGUCGGAGCCGGAGCCGGCGGGGCGCGUGCACGUGUACGGGUGCGCGCCGGUGCUGCGGGCGUCGUCGAGGGCCGGCGGGGCGGGGCACUACCGCCGCCGGACCGACAGCUGGGUGCUGCUCAUGAGGAUCUUCAGGAGGCUCUUCGUCAUCGAGAAGACCUUCUCGGCGGCCGCCAGGAAACACCCUACCAGGGCACGGUAAUGCAUGCGCUGAUACGUAUGUUCAGACCGUGCAAUGGCUUCCAUGAGUGGCAGCGCCUGCAAGAACCAUGGACGCAUGCCUCUGAUACAUAUGGCAAGUAAAUUAUACUCCAUUAGACAUACUUAUUGGGUGUUCUUGAUGGUGUAAAUAGGGUUCAGCAGAUACAGAGAAAAUAGUAGCAUCUCUCCAUUUCUUUUGUCUUAUUCCACUGUCACUUCUUUUAAUUAUAAAUCAUUAUUUUGUUCGGUCCUAAAAUAUUAUCAUAUUUAGUGUAAUAGUAUAAAUGUAAAAAAUUC